GUUACCCUCUUAUUUCAUGUAGUUGGGCAAUUCUUAGACUAUGGGCACUUUCAUGUCCUUUGAUCAUAUUUUAUAAAAAACAUUUAAUUUUGAAAAAUCCACACUUUCAUAGUUAAAUUUACAAUGAAAGUACUUUAGGAACUUUUUACCGGUAAUCUAUAAUGAUUUUUUCACCUUUUUAAACAUCAUUAUACAUGCAAAUAUUGCUGUUUUGUGCUUGUCCCACACCCAGACUUCUGAUCUUCAAUAAUGAAAAAGAAGUGUAAAAAAAUGAUUUAUCUAUUUUUUUUUAAUAUGACUGAAUAAAGUAUCAGUAAAAGAAUCAAAACAUAAUUGAGGUUUUUAAGGUCAGACAACUAUUAAUGUGAUUUUAUAUACAAAAUGUAGUUGUCCCACAGUAUUGCCGUCAUUUCCACCACAACGCUGUAAUGUCCCUUUAAAAAGUUUUUUUGAAAGAUUGUUUGGGUAGUUUCUAUGGAGAUGAACAAUGACAUCACAGCACAUGUCUGACAUGGAGGAGAUUUUAAAUUUCUUCAGCAACUUGGAGAAGAAAACUCAAGAUGCCGUGGAAGUCAACUAGAGAAAGGUCUCAGUCCUAUAGGGACAGACUAAAAGAGGACCCUGUCAAAUAUGAAGAGCGACUGAAGAGAGACAGGGAGAGAUACAUAAAGAAAAAAGAAAGAGGGGUUGUAAAGCCAAUUGCAGAUUUGUCAAAGCGCGAACAACGCAAAAGAAGGAGACAAUGGAGAACCAACCAAAGAAAUUAUAGGGAGAAGAUGAACAAAGGUCUUAAGGUACAGGCCUACAUUUCUACCACUACACCACCAAACUCUCCAGAUUCUGUCCAGCCAGAACAUGAUGUUGAUCCACCUCUCACACCACCCUCACCAACCUCACCAUCACCCUCUGCCCAACAUUUAAGUCAAAAACAAAGGGGAAGGAAAAAGGUUCUAAGAAACCGUUCAAAAGUUUAUGCAGCAUUGUAUAAAAGCAAAGCUAUGCUUGGGAAGGCUCUGCAGAAGGCCGAGAUGUACCGCAAACGGUAUGACCGAUUAAUGAAGAAAGUGAAGCAGGCUGACUCCCCAAAUGCCAAGUCAAAAAAGCAGAUGGCAACACCACCACACACUCUAAGAAGAACUUUGGUUUUCCAUAAUGCUCUUCUUGCUGAGCUGAGAGACAGAUAUGAAAAUCUGUCCUCCGAGAGAGAAAAACAACUUAUUUCGAAGAUAAUGGCAGGAAAGAUCCUCAAGAAGUAUCGCCUACUAAAAAUGGCUAGAACAGAAUUUGGCUUCUCAGCCAAGAGAAUGAGAAAUAAUGAAAAGAGGUCAACAGCACUUAAAUACACAAGGAAGAAGCAAAAAAACAGCAUCACCACAGACACAGAAGAGAAAAUCAAACAAUUCUUGGAAAGAGAUGAGAACAGCAGAGCAACAACUGGUAAAAAGGAGACUGUGACACAGAAAAAAAUGAAAAAACAGAAGAGGUUCCUUAAUGAACCCAUGGAAAUACUUCAUGAGAAAUUUAAGAAGGAGUAUCCUGACAUACAGAUUUCUUACAGUGAGUUCUGCAAGAAACGUCCUUUUUGGAUUAUAAAGCCCACAAUUAAGGACAGAGACACAUGCAUAUGCAAGACGCAUGCCAAUAUGCAGUUAAUGGCAGACAAACUGCUGCAGCACAAAGUGAUCAACAGCAGUAAAAUUGAAGAUUUGGUUGUCUCUCUGUGCUGUUCACCAUACACCAAGGAGUGUAUGUACAGAGAAUGUCCCAACUGUGUGGACAAAGAAUUGCAGAUCUCGGCCUUUGACCCUGGGGCACAGACAUUUUGGCACACAUGGAAGGCAAAAGCUGAGGAGAGAGAGAAGAAAAAGAAAGAUGGAACUAAAGAGAAAAUCACAGUUCAUCUCACUGUUAAGGAGAAAAUAGAGGGCACAUUGCAUACUUUACUAGAAGACUUUUCAAUAGAUCUAAAACAAAAACUUGGAAAGCAUGUGUAUAACAUCAGGCAUCAGUAUGCAGCUCUCCGUGGCCUAAAGGAAAACUUGAGAGAGGACGAGGUCAUUCUGCAUAUUGAUUUUGCAGAGAACUUCCAGUGCAAGUACAACAGUGAAGUCCAGGCGGUACAUUUUGGAGAUUCGCAUCACCAGGUCUCACUCCAUACUGGUGUGGCCUACACCUGGAAGGAUGUAAAGUCAUUAUGCUCAAUCAGCUCUUCUUUUCGCCACGAUCCCUCAGCAAUAUGGGCACAUCUAACCCAAGUGCUAACUUACUUGAGAGAACAACAUCCCACUGCCACCACACUUCAUGUGGUCAGUGACGGACCAACUACACAAUAUCGCUCAAAAAAAAACUUUUUCCUCCUCACCAAUGUUCCUUACCAAAUGGGUUGGAAAAGGGUGACCUGGAAUUUCUUAGAGGCUGGCCACGGCAAAGGCCCAGGUGAUGGGAUUGGAGCGGCGGUGAAGAGAAGAGCGGAUGAUCUUAUUGCAAGAGGGAAGGACAUUCCAGAUGCACGAGUACUGCUUGAGGAGCUUAAGCAGCAAAAGUCUGCCACAGAGCUGUUCUAUAUUGAGCCAGAUGCCGUUGAGGCAAUGGAUGUUCACGUUCCAUCUGAAUUACAGACGAUUCGUGGCACGAUGAAAAUUCAUCAGGUAUGGUCUCGCUGUUGUUUCUUUAUACAUUUUAUGGUCUUGCUGUUGUUUCUUAACACAAGUUAUGACUAAUUGAAUGCUCUGACAGACUUUUUUUAAUCUCCUUGCAGAUCACCUCUCAUUCUCCAAGUCAGAUGUCAUGGAGGAUUCUAAGUUGUUUUUGCUCUGCACCCAACGAUUGCAACUGUUUCACACCAGAAACGGUCAGGUUUCAGCCAUGGGAUGAAGCUACCCCUACAACCAGUACACUUCCUGUCACAUCCCAAGAUCAAGGUCUGCAACCAAUUUUGGACUUGCAUGAGGGUCUUAUCGGUCAGUGGUGUGCAGUGGUGUAUGAUGGAGAUGUGUACCCAGGUAUUAUUCAGGAUGUUGAGUUAUACAGUGGUGCUCAAGUGAAAACAAUGACCGCUAUUGGGAUCAAUCGCUUUUAUUGGCCACUGAGAGAUGAUGUCAUCUGGUACCAACCCAUGGAUAUAAUAGGCCUCAUCCCUGAGCCCGUACCAGUGACAAAACGGCACAAGGAGAUUAAGACGGAAGUUUGGAAAGAAAUCUGCAAGAUUUGGCCUUGAAUCACAUUCUCUCUCUCUCUCUCUCUCUCUCUCUCACACACACACACACACACACACACACACACACACACACACACACACACACACACACACACACACACUCCCUCUCUCAUAAACUGUCUCUCUCACACACACUACCUCACUUUCAUGCACAUUAUCUCUCACACACAUACCGUCUGGUCACCAUAAUUGCCCUCUGGACAAACCUCCAUGUUUACUCUCUCUCUCUCUCUCUCUCUCGCUCUCUCUCUCUCUCUCUCUCUCUCUCUCUCUGUCUCAUACACGCACAGCCCUCAUGAUCUAGGUGCUUUACAGUUCAUGUUAUAUGAUAAUUGAUAUGGUAUAGUUUAAGGUGUCUUUUAAAUGUUCUCUUCAGAACAGUGUUCAUCUAAGAGACCGAUUAGAAUUUUACAAUACCAAACUAACUCACAUACAGCAUGUGCAUGCUCAAGAUGCUUUAUAGUUCAUGUCAUGUUCAAUGCAUUGACAUGACUAAAGUUUAGGUGUUUUUUAAGUAUUCCAAAAUUCAAAACAGUGUUCAUCUAACCAAUUAUAAUGUUACAAUUUUACAAUUACAAUUUAUGCGCAACUUACAUUUUUCAUGUGACUAUUUGUGGUUAAAGUUGUUUACAGUAAGACUGUAACUGUUCAUCUGGUUAUGGAACCAAACAGACUAAUGACUAAUGAUUUGUUAAAUGGGUUUCAAAUAAAUGUUUUCUUUUUUUCUACAUGGACGUCCAUUCAUUGUCAUUUCCACAACACCCAGUCAUUUCCACCACCUCAUAACAUUUUAAAAAAUAUGUACAAAAUUCUAAUCACUCAUUAAAAAUUUCUGCAUAGUUUAUGGGAUAAUGUUCCACUUAAUGUAAUAACACAAGUAGUUAUUUUUCUGAAAUGUAUCUAACCAAUGCAAUAUUAUAUUUCAGGUUGUGGUGGAUGUAAGCUUUGUGUUUGGGCCUCAUGACAAUUAAUUUACUUAAUUCACAAAUCUAUGGUAAUUGCAAUAUAGGUAUAAAUUGGUAAAACUAUGUGUGAAAGUGGUCUUACACUGUUAAGAAAUUAUGUAUAUCAUAAUAAUUUUAAAUAAUAAUCAAAUAUUUACAUGUGAUGGAAAUGACAUUUGUUCAGUACGGAUCGGAAAAUAUGUCAAAAAACACCAAUUUGUCUUAUAAUGUAAGUGCAUUCUCAUAUGGAUCAUUAAACUAGACUAGUUAUAUUUAACUGUUAGACUGUGACAAUUUUGAUUUGAACACUUUUUUUUCCCUCAAGUUCACAAGGCCAAAAGUGCCUGUAGUUGAAGAACCACCCAGUUACAGGGUAAGUAAUUAAUAAAAUGCAAACAAUCUGAUAUCACUGACUCUGAAACCUUUAUUUGAAAAACAACUUUAUUAAAAACAGGUCUACAACACUUAUUAUUCAUUUUUUUAAAUCAACUUUUCAUUUCAAACUCUAAAGUCCUGACAGAAAGUAACAAGUUUUGUCCAUUUUUUGGUUGUUGUUGUUUCUCGCUUGGCUUCCUCCUGCUCUUGUUUCUCAGCUGAUGAAUCUUAAAAAGGAAUCCCGUUGCUAUUCUGUAUUAUAAGAAAAUACAGUACACCCAGAAAUUCAUGGUUUAGGCUAUUCAUCUUUUCGCUUCCGACCAGCUGUCACCAGCGCCUGCAUGAGAGUCGACUUCGCGUUCGACGAAGCACAUUGAAAUGAGCAACGUAAAGCUUUCAUGACGUUCUCGCGGGAGAUUCGUGUGAAACUCGCGCGAGAACUGCCGUCUCUGUUAUUGUGUCUUGUUUGUUUCUCAUUCUCAUUAUCUGUUAUUCUGUGUAUUUUGUUGUGAGCA